AAAAUUUCCAUCCGUCAGACCAAGACAAACCCGACCCGGUUCACCACCAAUCACCAGUUUCAGCUUCACCGCUGUCUUUGGGAUUUCCGUUCCUUACAUCAAAUGGUCACGCUCCUCCCUUCCCUUGUCCAUUUCUUCUUCCUCUCUCUCUCUUCUUUUCCUUUUUUUUUUUUUCUCUUUUCUCUCCAUCCAGACAAUGGAGAGCUUAGCCCUCCACUCCUUCUCCACCGCCACAACCACUUCCUUCUCCAUUUCCUCCCGCACUUCCCUCCACCUCCGCUCUAAACCCAUCUCCAAGUCAUCCCACCCAUCCAUUUUCCCUUCCUCUUCAUUCCCCACCCUCCGAUCCCCUCUCAAGCCCCUCUUAUUUUCCCCACUUUCCAAACAACCCAAGCCCCUACUUUCCCUUAUCUGCUCCAAUUCUCAAAACGACAACUCCCCACACCCUGAAACCACAACCCCAUCCCCUCCUCAAGGAGCCAAACUCCUCCCUUUCUUUGUCUCAAUUUCCAUUGGCCUCAUUGUCCGUUUCCUCGUCCCCAAACCCGUCGACGUAACCCCGCAAGCCUGGCAGCUCCUCGCCAUCUUUUUGUCCACGAUCGCCGGUCUCGUCUUGAGUCCCUUACCCGUCGGAGCAUGGGCUUUUUUAGGCCUCACAACUUCUAUCGUGACCAGAACGCUGCCGUUUACGACCGCCUUCAGUGCCUUCACCAACGAAGUCAUUUGGUUGAUUGUCAUUUCUUUCUUCUUCGCUCGUGGGUUCGUUAAGACGGGGCUUGGGGAUAGGAUCGCUACCUAUUUCGUAAAAUGCUUGGGAAAAAGCACUUUGGGAUUGUCUUAUGGGCUGACUUUAAGUGAGGCCUUGAUCGCGCCGGCGAUGCCUAGUACGACUGCUAGAGCUGGUGGGGUUUUCUUGCCUAUUAUUAAAUCGUUGUCUCUGUCUGCUGGGAGUCGGCCUGGGGAUUCAUCAUCUCGGAAGCUUGGGAGUUAUUUAAUUCAAUCACAGUUUCAGUGUACUGGCAACUCUAGUGCUCUUUUCCUGACUGCUGCAGCGCAAAAUUUGCUGUGCCUCAAACUAGCUGAGGAGCUUGGAAUUAUUAUUUCAAAUCCUUGGGUUUCUUGGUUUAAGGCUGCCAGUUUACCAGCACUUGUUUCUCUACUGGCUACUCCGCUUAUUUUAUACAACCUUUAUCCUCCCGAAAUCAAAGAUACGCCGGAUGCCCCGGCAAUGGCUGCAAAGAAACUAGAGAACAUGGGCCCUGUCACAAGAAAUGAAUGGAUCAUGGUUGCAACGAUGCUUUUUGCAGUUACUCUGUGGGUCUGUGGAGAGACUCUUGGUAUUCCGAGUGUUGUGGCUGCAAUGAUUGGUUUGUCAAUACUCCUUUUGUUAGGAGUGCUUGACUGGGAUGACUGCUUAAGCGAAAAAUCGGCAUGGGAUACAUUGGCUUGGUUUGCUGUUUUAGUAGGCAUGGCAGGCCAAUUAACAAAUCUCGGAAUAGUGAGCUGGAUGUCUGGUUGUGUAGCUAAGAUCCUUCAAUCUCUUUCUUUGAGCUGGCUGGCUGCAUUUGGUGUUCUUCAGGCAUCCUACUUUUUCAUCCACUACCUAUUUGCAAGUCAAACUGGUCAUGUGGGAGCACUAUAUUCUGCAUUUCUUGCUAUGCACUUGGCGGCUGGAGUGCCUGGUGUAUUAGCAGCGCUGGCUCUAGCUUACAACACAAAUCUUUUUGGUGCCAUAACACAUUAUAGCAGUGGUCAGGCUGCUGUCUACUAUGGAGCUGGAUAUGUAGACCUGCCUGACGUAUUCAAAAUGGGUUUUGUAAUGGCAUCUAUUAAUGCCAUCAUAUGGGGUGUUGUUGGAACUUUCUGGUGGAAAUUUUUGGGCCUUUUCUGAUUAAUUUACCCUGUGAGUGUCAUCUUCCCUGUUGUAAGAAGCCAUAUUUUGGGGAAAAUUUGAGCUCAAUUUUCUUCAAAGAAAAUUUUCAUAGAUACAGCUUUGGCUUUUUUUUGUCGUCUCUUUCUAUGUUUUAACAGUUUAUUAACAUUUCAGCUGGUUUACGUAGCUUAUUCAAAUAUGAUUUAUUUUUUUAGAGGCA